UUUUUUUCUUUUCAGCCAACGGCAAAAUGUUAUCGAUAUUACGGAAAGCCAGAUUAAAGGAUAAGGAGAUGAGGAUUCUAAUGCUUGGCCUUGACAAUGCUGGGAAGACGACUAUAGUCAAGAAAAUUAUGGGUGAAGACGUCAAUACUGUCAGCCCCACUCUGGGCUUCAAUAUCAAGACGAUUGACCAUGAAGGAUACAAGCUCAACAUAUGGGAUGUUGGCGGCCAGAAGACACUUCGUUCAUACUGGAGGAAUUAUUUUGAAAAGACUGAUGCAUUAAUCUGGGUCGUUGAUGCCACAGACAGGUUGCGGGUUGAGGAUUGCCGGAAGGAAUUGCACGACCUGCUACAGGAAGAGCGACUCUCAGGCGCAAGUCUGCUUGUGUUCGCCAACAAGACCGACGUGCCUGGGUGUAUGGACCAAUUUGAGAUCCAAGAGGGUCUUCAGCUGGACGCAAUUCAGACACACACAUGGCACAUCAUCCGCUGCAGCGCGAUGACGGGCCACAAUCUCGAACAAGGUCUCAACUGGGUGGUAGAGGAUGCUAAGAAAAGGCUAUUUUUGUACUAGAAAUACACCGGACUGCAUUUCAACCGUUCCUGUCCCAAAGUUCCAAGUCUCUGGCUCUUUCUUUAAGUUAGAUUCCCGGCAGUGGUCAGACGAGGGGACAGGGAACCCGCGUGUCUAUAGGCGCGCGAUGUGGAUCUAGUUCUGUAAACAAAGAGAGCGCCAAUCCCAGAACGUUGGGCGAAAGCUGGACACCAAUACACGUAACUUAGUGAUAAUCGAUAUCCUUCCC